AUGGCAAACACCGACGCAGCUACUAUUCUUGAUAUUUGCACGUAUCACAGGCGCGACUUUGAUCUAGUACUCAUUCGAUCACGACCUCACGAAAACCAGGUCGUCCGGAAAUCUUUAGAGAAGCCCUUCACUACGACACCCACCGUGAAGUUGGGGGCACUUGAUCUUCUCCCGAAUGAGUUGUUGAACAUCAUACUGCGCAACCUUGAUCUAUUAUCAUAUUUCCGGUUUCGCCAUGUCAACAGACGUUCCCGGAUCUUGGCAAGUGGGCUUCGAGAAUACAAGGCCGUUGUCAGACACGGUAUAGAAGGCUUUCGCGGCAUGCUGCGUUCGCGACUGGCGACUCAUUUUACAUUUGGAGAAAUGUACCGCGCCUUGAUUGAUGAAACCUGCUCCUUUUGCAAAAAUUUCGGUGGCUUUCUAUAUCUGCCGACUGCCGCUCGCUGCUGUUUCGCAUGUAUUGAGAAUGCCCCUGAGCAACGCGUUAUCAGCAUGUCCGCCCUGUCGAAGCUCACAAAGCUAUCUGCCAAGCGUUUGAACUCUCAUCUUGGAUAUGUUCUUAGAACGGUACCGGGAAUAUAUUCUAUGAGAGAAAGGCCGGCAGUUCGUCCAGGUCUACUACUAGCAGAAGUGGAGGCUACACGGACUCUAUCCGAACUUGGUCUCCUGACCUUGGACGCAGCCCAGACACUAAGGGCGCGGAGCGAACAAAAGAACCAACGUUUGAUGAUGUCAACUGCAUACCCAUGGUAUGAUCCAACUACCGGUCAAGUUGAAAAUGGUGUCAGUUGUAAAGGCUGCCAGGUUCGUCAGGAGACUCUUGCUCUGAUCACUCGAGAUCGCGACGAUGUAUUCUCUUCCAGCGGUUACCAAACCCAUUUUGAGACUUGCAAAGAAGCAAAAGCUUUAUUCGUAGAUAGUGCAGGCGGAACAAGAAGUGUGGCGGAGCCAGAAUUCACUCGUCGCAAGGGUUAUUUCAGCACAUUGGAUCGAUAUGGUUUACCAAUAUAA